GUUAUGUCGUAUUGCGUAUUUAUACUAUUUAAGUUCUCAUUUCACCCACUUUGUUAAAAAGGAGGAUUGAAAGUGAAGACCGAGAGGCGCAGAAGAUCGAAAAGAAGCAUGAACGCUAUCUCUCAGGUUUGGAAAUGGCGAAAGAAGUGAGGAGGCCCCCCGAUGCCUGCCACGUGAUCCCUUUUCCUUGGCCUUUUUAUAUGGGGGUUCUUCCUAGGCGAAUCGCAUCGUUUCUAUCUCCCUUUCUCUCUUUCUCCAUCCGAGAAUCUGCACUCGAUCCCUCUGUUCUCAUCCCCAUUUGAAGUUUCUCUCUCAUCACUCUCGCUUCCACAAGCAAUGAGUCAUAAAUGGACUUUCCUAACGCUCGCUCUCGCUCUCGCUCGCUCCAUCGCCGGGUACUUCUUCUUAGCUCUCGCUCGCUCCAUCGACGAGUACUUCUCCAUCGACGGGUACUUCAACGCUCUCGCUCGCUCCAUCGACGGGUACUUCUUCGCUCUCGCUCACUCCAUCGCCGGGCCGGUGCUGAUGCUGCUCUAUCCUCUGUACGCGUCUGCGAAGACCAUAGAGAAAUCCAAGAAAGCUUCAGCGAAAAAAGAAGAAGAGAAAUCCAAGACAGACAAUGAGCAGUGGCUGGUUUACUGGAUCCUCUAUUCCGUCCUCACCCUCCUCGAGAUGCUCCUCGAGCGUCUUCUUGAGCACAUACCCCUAUGGUACGAUGUGAAGCUCAUUUUGACAGCGUGGCUGGUCCUCCCUCCGUUCAAGGGCGCGACUGUCCUGUACGACAGCUACGCGCAUGGGCCCAUCUGCAGGAUUCUCUCUCGGUUCUCCUCCUUACCUCCUCCCUGAAUGGCAAAACCAAGUCCGAGAACUAGUUCGUCGACUUCAUCGCCCCCGAGAAAGUACAAGUCUUUCAGCAUCAUAGCCUUUUGGCUCUUGUCCCUUUUCUGCAUGCAUGUAUGUAAGCUUUCCUAGCCGGAGCGGUGCAACUUUGCCUUUGACCAGGGGGAGCACGAGGCGUAUUGAUCAGAGAAUGCGUCUCGGAUUCUCAGCAAUUCUCUCUUUUACAUGCCAGAGAUUGUCGUGCUUUUAUAUUAUAUGAAUCCGGUACUGCUACUACUGAUCGGAAGGCCUUAAUAGUACCCCAGCUUCUUCACUGAUCUUUCUGCUUUGUAAGCUUGAAAUCACAGAAAAAAGCCGCAGUUUUAUCCCCCCACGAGAAUUCCAAAACAGCACAAACAAUUCGCAUGAACAGAGUAGUAGGUCAUGAUUUACUGCGCUACGAAUUUGACCAUACGUGAUAGUUAAAAGGAACAAGUUAGGCUGGUCCGUUCACCGUGGCUACAGCUCUCGACAACGACGGGAAAGCGGAAACGAUAAGAACAGUUGAACAGUCAAAGGCACCAAAAUGGGACAAUGCAAGAUAUGCAAAUGGUCCCUCAUAAUCUAGUUGAUCCUUGAGGAUACAUCACUCCCAACGUAGCUUCCUCCCACUCAGUCGAAAGUGAUGUGGAAACGGGUGAGUGCAAGCAAACUCUGAUGUGGUUUUGUCAUCCAAUCAGUAUGUUUGGCCAUUU